AUGGCUCAGAAAAAUUGCACCCAAGUGACAGAGUUCAUUCUUGUGGGCCUCACGGAUCGCCAGGAGCUGAAGAUGCCCCUCUUUGUGACGUUCUUAUCCAUCUAUCUUUUCACUGCAGUCGGCAACCUGGGUUUGAUCGUGGUCAUUAGAACAGAUUCAAGACUCAACACACCCAUGUACUUCUUCCUUAGCAACCUGGCUUUUGUUGAUUUCUGUUACUCUUCUGUCAUMACACCCAAAAUGCUUGGGAAUUUCUUGUACCAGCAAAAUGUUAUAUCCUUCAGUGCAUGUGCUGCACAGUUAGGCUGCUUCCUGGCCUUCAUGACGGCUGAGUGCUUGUUACUGGCUUCCAUGGCUUAUGACAGAUAYGUGGCCAUAUGUAGCCCUCUGCUCUAUAUGGUGAUCAUGUCCCCAGGAGUCUGCGUUCAACUUGUAGCYGUCCCCUAUAGCUACAGCUUCCUGGUUGCACUCUUCCAUGCGGUCCUUACCUUCCGCCUGUGCUACUGCCACUCCAACACCAUCAACCAUUUCUACUGUGAUGACAUGCCCCUCCUCAGGCUCACUUGCUCCGACACCCACUYCAAACAGCUGUGGAUCUUUGUCUGUGCUGGUGUCAUGUUUAUUUCCUCCCUUCUGACUGUCUUCGUCUCCUACACGUACAUUAUUUCUGCCAUCCUGAGGAUGCGUUCAGCUGAGGGAAGACGCAAAGCUUUCUCCACGUGUGGCUCCCACGUGCUGGCAGUGACCAUAUUCUAUGGGACCCUGUUCUUCAUGUACCUACAGCCCAGCUCUAASCAUUCCCUUGACACCGAUAAAAUGGCCUCCGUCUUCUACACAGUGAUCAUCCCCAUGUUGAACCCCUUGAUCUACAGCCUCAGGAACAAGGAGGUCAAAGAGGCUCUGAAGACAAUCCUCAAGAGAAAAAUGGCUUUUAUGUUUAUGAAAUUAAGAAAGUGA